AUGGUCAAAACCGAGGCGGCAGAGAGAUAUCAGGCCGAUGGCACACAGGAGUACAGUACCUGGGAACCUCCCUCCAUUAAUAAUAACCACAAUAACAAGAGGAGGGUGACAGAGUGCGAGUCGCCUCCCUACAAAAAUGAAACAAAGAUGGUCAUAAAUCCUGCGGCCGAUGCCAGCACCUGCAGGGACCAACCCUCCUCCUGGAGACCAACCCUCCUCCUGGAGACCAACCCUCCUCCUGGUGCCCUCUCCCUGGUGACCAACCCUCCUCCCGGUGCCCUCUUCCUGGAGACCAACCUUCCUCCUGGUGCCCUCUUCCUGGAGACCAACCCUCAUCCUGGUGCCCUCUUCCUGGAGACAAACCCUCCUCCUGGUGCCCUCUUCCUGGUGACCAACAUUCCUCCUGGUGCCCUCAUCCUGGAGAGUACUCCUCUUUAG